AUGGAGAUGCGUGGGGAGGAGACCUGGCGAGCAGCGGCGGUCGAACAAGGUCGUGAAGUGGGCGGCAGCUUGCCCAAAUCCGGCCAUGCCAACCGCGCGCCGGGGGCGGGUUUGGGGACCUAUCUAAUUAUCCACUUUGAUAAUGCAAUGGCAGAGUACACGUUAUCCUCUCGGAUCUUCGGCAUGCUGAAAAAGGAAGGAAAAUGUGUUGAUGAAUUACUCAUUGCUGGGACGAGAUAUCACAAUCUGAAUCACAGCGAAGAACCGCCGAGUCGAAUUGAUCCAAAGCGUCAGACGGAGCUACGCCGCUCGUUCCAUAGCGCACCGACGGCGCGCGCGAACGUUGAUGGUGGUGGUCGGGACAAGAAAUACGCCUCAAGUCUUGUUUGCGCCGGCAGGCUGCUGUCCCGCGUCGCUGGAUUGGAACCAAGACUUUUCACCAAGGGCGAUCAGCCAGCGCCAAGUGACGUGAUGUCUCCCCCGGCUGGGCGUCUGGGCUCUGCCAAGAAGGAACCUGAAGAGCUGGCCAAGUCGGGCCUGGCGGCAGGGUUUACUGAGGUACCUUACCCAACGGCAUCCAAAGUUGCGGUCCGGCUGACUGCUCGCGUGUUCUUGGCUCUUCUCACUGUGAGACAGACUGCAGUGAUGCACUGCCUGACUACCUACCUAGGCUACGGAUGA